AUGAAUGUCGAUAAUGAUAAUUAUGGAUGGGAAAGCAGUUUAUCAAUGAUAGCGAAUGAGCAGUCGCGAACCGCCCAUCCCCGUCACGGAGGCAGUAUUCCGGUGCUGUUGAGACCGGUGUUCAUGAAUGCUGUCGAAGUUGGAUAUUCAUACGCUCACUGCGACCGCGAGAAGAAGCUAAACGUCCGUGGUGUUACCAUCGCCUUAUGGCACUUCAUUUGUCGUGGACAUCAAGCGAUCGCCCUCCUACCGUACUGCUUCAAAAACUAUGCGGAGAAGUCGACGCAUUACGCCGAGUUGAUGAUGCUCUACCGACUGAAUUUGAUCGAGUUCACACCGGGUUACGGUAGCGAGAAGUACGCGGAGGUCAAUCGGAUUAUGGUCAAUCGGGCGGCCGAGACGGGCGGUUGUUUGGUGGCGAGGUCGCAGAUGCAGGGAGUGACGGAUAAUAAGAGCAAUUUGGUGGAUGUGGUGGAGCAGAGACUCCUGAUGCCCACGUUCAACGGAGACGAAAUAAUGUUCCCAAUCGAUGGUCCCCUUGGCCGAAACGGUCCCUCCCUUCAGGAGACACUCGAAUGUGAGCACGGCGCACCCGAUUGGAGAAUGUGCUCGGAGCAUCAAUUGCUCCUCUCGGAUCAACGUCAUUGGAUGGAGAAGUUGGCGUUGUUGGUACCGGAGAAAGUUAUUUGGACACGGAUGGUUCAGAUGAUCAAUGCGGGAGGAUCGAUGGAUAGACAAGAAUAUGAGAAUGACCCUCCGAUGCCUCCCUCACCACCGCAGCUCAUGGAGUUCCGCCCACCACCACUAAUGGCUCAAGCUCCGCCCCUUUUUCAACCGGUGCUUCAUCAAUACCAGACACCUGACUACAAUCACUACCAAUACGAUACGCACUACUCGAUUCCCAACCCACACCAAUACCAUCAAUACAAACGCAACUUUAUGGCGCCACCAACGACACCACGACGUCAUCUGAAUUCUCAUCUGAUGACGUCACCUCAUCUGAAUCCUCAUCUGAAUCUGAAUCCCUAUCCACCACCACAUCAUCAUCAUCAUGGUGGACGGAAUUCUUCUGGAACUCGCUUGAUUAUUCGUUAUGGAGACACUGAGCCGAGAGUUGUGGGGGCGUCUGGAAAAGGGGGCGGAGCUUCACAUGGAAUUCAGAUUCCGGAGAUUCAGAACUCCCACGACGAUCAGAUGACAAAUGGAGUAGAUUCGGAAAUUGGGACGGAACCUGUGGAAGAAGAGCUAGAAGAGAGUCCUACCCCAUCCACCGAACUCGAUGAGUCAGUUGCCCGUGAGCUCCAUGAGCAAAUGAUCGAAGAGACACGUGAGGAACGGGAAAAACUGGAGAAGGAAACGUCGGAACAGAAGAAGAAAGAUGAGAUUCUGGCGCAGCUCUCGCAGAUUUUUGGAUACGCUAAGUCGCACCGCGUCAUGUCCAAGCACCGAAACAUCUUAAAAUUGCCUGUUCUUGUCGAGAAGUGUCUUGUUGAGCCGGAUGAGGACGGUGAUGGUGGGGAGUUCGAGGCGACGUCUUCUGAAUCAUCCUCCGAAGACGUCAAUGAAGACCUUAUUGAUUUUUCGGAUGAGCAAUUGCAAAUGGAGCCGACGAAAGAAGUUGUGGAGCCCUCGAACUCGGAGAUUCUGGAACUCGUCGAUUUGAUUUUUUGA